AUGAAUUCUCCAAGUAUAGAGACCCUUGAUCAAGAAUUGAGUGAAGCAAUAAAUAAAAUAUAUAAUGGUUGCUAGAAAAUCAAUGCAAAACAUUUAAAGAUAAGAAUUUUGUAAUGGUUGGAUAAAGUGAGAACUCCAACACAUAAUUUUAUUUGGAAAUAGAAUUCUUUGUUAUAUGCACGUGUUCUUUUAGAAAUGACUCUAGAGUAACAAUUAGAUAAGCCAUUUAGAGGUGUUCCUCCAGAUGGUCCAUUACCUCGUUUUGAUAAAUUUGAAGUCGUAAUAUGAUCAAUCUUAUUCCAAAAGCCUUAACAUAUAUGGUAGAAAAUCAAAUAAAUAU